AUGCUCCGACGUCAAACUCGUGAACGUAGAGAAUACAUCUACAAGAAAUCUCUAGAAUCGCAAGAACGUGCAAUAUACGAAAGAAAACAACGUAUAAAAGAUCUUCUCGCCGCUGGUAAACCUAUACCUAACGAACUGAAAGCGGACGCAAAGACAUUAAGCAAAGAUUUAGCUUUGGAUGAAAGUCAACAGGAGCCUAAGAAUCAUAUAGAUGAUGAAUACGCAAAGGUUGGAACUUAUGAUCCAAAGAUUGUUAUAACUACGAGUCGAUCACCUUCUUCUCGAUUAUUACAAUUUUCCAAAGAACUCCGUUUAAUCUUCCCAAAUUCCUUUCGAUUAAACAGAGGUAACACAACCUCACCUUCCCUAGUUCAAGCAUGUUUAUCACAAGGUAUGACAGAUUUGAUAAUCAUACAUGAACAUAGAGGUGUACCCGACGCACUCAUAAUUUCACAUUUACCACAUGGUCCAACUAUAAGUAUGACAUUACAUAAUGUUACAUUAAGACAUGAUGUCAGUAGUCAUUCGGAAAGUACCGUUUCGGAACAAUAUCCUCAUCUCAUCUUUGAAGGUUUCAGUACGAAAUUAGGUGAAAGGGUGAAAGGGAUAUUAAAAGCUUUGUUUCCUGUUCCUAAAGAAGAUGCCAAGAGGGUGAUGAGUUUUGUUAAUGAAAAGGAUUUUAUCAGUUUUAGACAUCACGUCUUCGCUAAAACUUCACAUAAAGAUGUACAAUUAGCAGAAGUUGGUCCAAGGUUCGAAGCCAAACCGUACGAAAUACGUCAAGGUACUUUGGACCAAAGAGAAGCAGACGUGGAAUGGCUUUUGAGACCUUAUCUCCGUACUGCCAAAAAACGACAUCAACUGUGA